CCAAUCCAAGCCGAUUAAUACCCACCAACCCUAGCUCCCUCCAUUCUUCCACCAGGAUUCAUCGUUGAAGCACGCCGAGGAUCCCGAGCUCCAACUCCGCCGCAACGAUGGUGAACGUUCCGAAGACGAAGAAGACCUACUGCAAGAGCAAAGAGUGCAAGAAGCACACUCUCCAUAAGGUCACCCAGUACAAGAAGGGUAAGGAUAGUCUUGCUGCUCAGGGAAAGCGUCGUUAUGACCGCAAGCAAUCUGGUUAUGGUGGUCAGACCAAGCCUGUUUUCCACAAGAAGGCAAAAACCACAAAGAAGAUUGUCCUGAGGCUCCAAUGCCAAGGCUGCAAGCAUGUCUCUCAGCACCCAAUCAAGAGGUGCAAGCACUUUGAAAUCGGUGGAGACAAGAAGGGCAAGGGAACAUCUCUGUUCUAGAUUCCAGUUGUAUUGUCUGUUAUCUUCCUUCAUUAGCAGAACUGAAUCCUAAAGUGCUUAGUAUUGGUUUAAGUUUGUAACAGUUUGGUUAAUCGAAGUUCUCUUUGUUAUGCAAUGUAGCAGACUAUCAAAAUCAGUUUUGGUUUCUCUUCUGAUCCCUUCCGAGUUCAUUCGAUCUGAAAAGAAUACCAGUUUCAUGUUAAGUUCAUUCACUUAAUUAUACCAACGAAGAGUAAUCCGCGAGUUUUGUCGACAAAUUGACGAUUCUUGAGAGUUGU